GGAUUUUAUAGGGCUUGACGUAAACUGUGGAUCUAGAUCUCCGCAUGAACACGGACUGAUCAAGUAAAAAUUAAAAUAAAAUGCGCUGAAAUGACAAAAAACUUUUGUGAGUAGACAGCAAAAUAGUCCAUCUAUAGUGGGUCAUUUGUGUAUAUAUGUGAAGCUAAGCUAGGGUCAUUUAAAUCGAUAAAUCACAUAAAAAUUGCAAACUAGAUAUUACGUUAGCCAAAAAUGAUCUCCGACGCGCGUUUUUCUCCGUUUGUCCCUCUUCACUCGCCUUACCUAAAAUGGGCGGGUAGAGGAAAAGGUCACGGGAGAGUUGCAUUCUGGGGAAACACGUGUGGCAGUGGAUUGGAGAGGUAAAGGAGGAGUUAAGUGAUCAUUUUAUCCUUAAAACGUUGUUUUUGUGUGAGUUUACCUGACAUGUGUAAUAGAUGAGUGUUUGCUAUUGUUGUUAGUGUUUGUUGAUGUCAGGUUUCCCCGCCGCUGCUCUCUCUGUUUACCGUUUGGACCUUUUGUUUACGUGUCAGCGCGGUCUUAAAAUCACAGUUUGACAUGUUUUCACGACUUUUCUCCUUGUAUAAACAAAAAAUUACCGACUCCAGGAUGGAACCACAGUCAUAUGUGACACUACCUAGUCUGCUUGUGUCUCUACACGCGUGUUAUUUGUAAUACGUGCUGAGUAAGCUGUGUACAAUACUAAGAUUUCCCAAAAUAAGGAACAGGGGACGCAGAGAUAUGAAAAACCUCAUCAAGCAAUAGAAAAAGAUAGUUUACAGGCCUGGACAAAUUUUGGAACCAUGAAAAAUUGUAGGAAUUUAGUUUCCAUGUAUGAUGAUGGAGCCUUCAUUGAUGCUGAACAAUAUAUAGGGGAGAGUGGGGUAAGAUGAGCCAUUUUUCAUAUUUCGGAUCACUACAUCAAGGAAAUCAUAGUUUUGUCUCUAACUAGUGUAUCUGCAUAUAUUUCAGGAUGUCGUGCAUCCCUGCAAAACAACAGAAUGAGUGUAAACAUAACUCUCUUGAUAAUACAGCAUGCCAAAAAAGUGGUCUCCUAUGGUCAACUUAUCCCGUGUAUGGGGUAAGUUGACCAUAGGAGCGGGGUAAGUUGAGCAGUAUCCCUACUACCCCCUGACUCUCCACCCCAGCCCUCCCUCACCUUCUCUCUCCCUAAAUAACAGUCACUUCUUCACAUUCAUGUGUAUUUUCAUCUUUUACACAGUAUUCAACUGGUACAAUAACUCUUUUUAUUAUUAUUGCAUAAAACUGCCUUUAAGUGAUUCAGAACAUUCACAGCUGUAUUUUUGAAAAGAAAAAGUAACACAUUUCAACAAUCUGAACUGGAACUCUGAUCCUCUCAUCAGACUCCUUUACUCUCUCAGUUGAGCCACUGGCUUAAUUUACCCCUGAACUACUAUUAUGACUUUUUUAGUCCUCUGAGCUAAAAUGGUGGACUUUUAUUUUAGGUUUCUGACCUCAUGUUGUAACUCAUAGAUACCAACAUUGAUGUAUAAAACAAAUUUAAAAUGAUCUUUUUUGGUCUGAACACAAUUCUAUAAAAACUUAUGACAGACUAAAUUCACUUUCAAGAGUGAAAAAUGUGUUUUUUGGAAAUAAAUGUCUAACCCCUUCACCCAUGUGCUUCUAACCUCCACAGACUCCAUGAAUUGAAGCCCAUCUCCUAAAUAUUUGGUCACAUGAUCAAUUUCUUUUACCAUUUCCAAGCAACAGGGGGUGGCUCAACUUACCCUUUGGCUCAACUUACCCCACUCUCCCCUACAGGUUUAGGAGCAACAUACGCUGCCUAUCAGACAAUGGCUUUUUCAGGGAAGACCUUCAUAUUUUAGCAAGACAAUGACAAACCACAUUCUGCAGGGAUUACAACAGCAUGGCUCUGUAGUAGAAGAGUCCUGCUGCUAAAAAGAGAUCCUGUACUGUUGAUAUGUGAAAUAUGGAAUAUCAAAGACUUAUAGAAAGAUGUUAUCAGGAAGAUCCUGCCUGCUCUUCGUCCACAUUGUUUUAUCUCACAGCAUUUUUUCUCUCCCCAGGUGUCCCGUUAAGUUUUCCAGCAUGUCUUCCAAAAAGAACCAGGAUGUGGAUGAGCGUUUCCUCAAGGUAAAGAAGGACCCCAGGUUCUGGGAGAUGCCUGAAAAAGAACGCAAGAUCAAGAUCGACAAACGUUUCCAGUCCAUGUUUCACGACAGUCGCUUCAAAGUGAAGUACACAGUGGACAAGAGAGGACGUCCCAUCAACCACACCUCUACUGAGGACCUGAAACGCUUCUACAAAGUGUCUGACUCAGAUGACGAAGAUGAGGAGGAGGAUGUCAAGAGUAAGAAGGCAGCAGAAAAAAAGAAGAAGAAGAAAGAGAAGGUUGAGGAAGAGGUGAAGAAAAAAGAUGGGAAAGUGAAAGAGCAGCAGCCUGAACGUGGAGUUAGAGUCAUUGAAGAGGGUAAGUCAGUUAUUUGAUUCUUACUUGUUGCUGUAGUUAAAAAAAUAAACUCAAGUAAUGUUUGAUUUUUUUUUAACACAAUCAUGAAGUAAAACUUUUAAACAAGGUGAAUUUUAAGGUAGAAAAAAACAAAACCGAGAAAUCUAGUGAUAAGAGCUGUGAAUAUUAUGUCUUUAUCUUAGAUGAUGAAGAAGAAGAUGAAGAUGAAGAGGAAGAGGAGCAGCACUCCUCAGAAGAAGAUGAUGUUGACGUGGGUGACGUUGAAGAAGAAAUGGAUGGUAAUGAUGAAGCAGAAGAAGGGAGUGAUGUUGAAAGCAGCUUAGAUGAGGAGGAGUCCUGCCUGGACUCAGAGGAGGACAGUGACAGCGGUCCUGAUCUGGCCAGAGGAAAGGGAAACAUCGAGACAAGCUCUGAUGAAGACGAUGAAGAUGAUGUGGACUUCAUCCUGAAGAAGGAGGAAGAGGAGAUAGAGCACGACUGGGGGGAGCUGUGCAAAGAUGCUCCCCGGAGUGAGGAGGUGAGGAGGAGAGAAGGAGGAAGGAGAGGAGAGCAGAGUAGGUAGAGAAACAGGAGAGACAGGUGUGUGUGUGUGUGUGUGUGUGUGUGUGUUGGUGUGUGUGUGUGUGUGUGUGUGUGUGUCUGGAAAGCUGAGGGACAGAAUAAGUUGACUGACAUGCUUUGAUGAAUAAAAAAGGUAGAAAAAAAAUCACUUAUGUCAAAUGAUUAAGUGUUUUUAUGUUUUAGAGAGGGUUGUAAAGGCCAAAUCAUUAACAAAUAAGUGUGUGUGCGUGUGUGUGUGUGUGUGUGUGUGUGUGUGUGUGUGUGUGUGUGUGUGUGUGUGUGUGUGUGUGUGUGUGUGUGUGUGUGUGUGUGUGUGUGUGUGUGUGUGUGUUCAGGUCUCUACCCGUCUGGCGGUCUGUAACAUGGACUGGGACCGGUUGAAAGCCAAAGAUCUUCUGGCUCUGCUGAACUCUUUCGUCCCUAAAGGAGGAGCCGUGCUGUCUGUCAAGGUAAAACAGCUUUAAAUAAAUUGAACCAACAACAACAGUGAGGAGACGUUUGACCCAGCUGAUGAGACAGAAAACAAACCGUUUCUCUUCAAACUUUAAAGUUCUCCUAUGAAUUUCUUUGUUCGGCAACUGAAACGUCAGACAGUGAGGAAGCAGUCCUUGAACCACAGUCUUAAAACUCCAGCUGCCUCUGGCUCUGCAGUCACUUACAUUCACAUUCUUUGUUCUGUUUGUGGUCCAGAAACAAAACCUAGCGUUGACAAUGGCUUGUUUUCAUAGAGUCUGGAAAUAACUGAAAUCUGAUGUUUAAUUUAUAACCAACAUAUAAGCCUUUUUAUUAAUGUGUUUAAAAUACACAAAGUUAUAAGUUAAAAGUAAAGCUUGGGUGCCUCAGACGUGGCAUUUUUUGAGUAACAGGAGAAUUUUGUGAGUGAUAGAGAUAAACCACAGUGCAUGCUGGGUAUGUCCAGGUGUACCCGUCGGAGUUUGGGAAAGAGCGUCUGAAGGCGGAGGAAACGCAGGGACCCCUGGAGCUGAGAGCUCUGCCCGAGGACUCAGACAACGACACAGAGGAGGAGAGGUAACAUGCAGGACAGCGCUGAUGGGAUUUAAAGGGUCAGCCCAAAGUUUUUUAAGAUGUGGAAAUGCAUGAAUAACUUUGAAAAAACCAACAGGAUGAAGGGCUGCUGGAUUAUGUUGAUCAAUCAAUCAGACUUUAUCUGUAUUGCACUUUUCAUACAACCAAGACGUAGUGCAGUUUGUUGUAUAAACAAAAAAAAUAAAAAAAUUUAAAAAACCUUUUUUCAUGAUCAAGGUUAACACAUGCAAAACAACCAAUGAAUAACAUAAAUAAAUAAAAAUCAGGAACCAAUUACAGGAAAGGCUUUCAUGAGGAAAAACUGGAGGUAAACUUGAUAAAACCAGAGAAGGAUAAUAAAAACAAAAAUACAACUAAAAAACAUUAGCAAAUCAGCUGAGAAAUAAAUAAACUGAGACAAGACACAAUAAAAAUAAAAAAUGUAUACCAAAUGGUUGACUUAUGUAGACUACAAUUAAAAAAGAAUAUAAAAGGAUAUGUUCCACAGACGUGGGCAGUAAUAAUAAAAAGCUGCCUCACAGUGAGUCUUUGUCUCUACCUGAAGACCUGAGGGCUCUCACUGUCUCUCAUGGUAAAAGCAGAUCUAAUAAAUGAGUUGGUGUGAGACAUUUAAUAGCUUUAAAAAUCAAUAAAAGAACCUUAAAACCUAUUCAAAAAGACUCUGGGAGCCAAUGCAUAGACUGUAAAAUGGGUGUAAUGUUGGCUCUCUUUCAGGUCUUCAUCAGCAUCCUUGCAGCUGAAACUGUUUAGGGAGACCAGAAAGAAGAGCGUUACAGUAGUAUAUUCUACAGGUUAAAAAGGCAUGAUCUACCGUCUGCAUUGACUUGAGAGUGAAACUGUUGUACUCUGGCAAUAUUUUUCAGGUGAUAAAACACUUUCUUUAUAUGUGGCUCGAAACAGAGGUUUUGGUUCUUCACUUGUUUACAUGGAUUAAGACAUCCAGUUUGAUGUGUGAUGCAGAUUUGACACAUGCAUCACAUGCACCUUAAAGCCUGUUUUUCUGUGUUUUCCAUGUUGGUCCCUCUCAGAAGUUACAGAGAGAAGAUGCGUGAUUACCAGUUCAAGCGUCUGAAGUAUUUCUAUGCCGUGGUGGAGUGUGACUCUGUCGACACGGCGGUUAAAAUCUACGGGGAAUGUGACGGCUACGAGUAUGAGAGCAGCUGCUCCGUCAUUGACCUGAGGUCAGGGAGAAAAACAAUUUCAACCCUCAAUAAAAUUUGCUUUUCGUUAUUUUGUCGAUGAAUCUCAAACUUCUCAUCUCAGGUUUAUUCCUGAGGACGUCUUCUUUGACGAGGAGCCAAAAGACGUGGCGACGGAUGUGAAUCUGGCAGCUUACACUCCAAAACUGUUCACCUCAUCAGGCACCACGACCUCAAAGGUACGAGGGCCAGAGCUGUAAAUAUCAUUCUGUAUUUUGUCCGUUGAUUUUUUAUGAUCAUGUGUGUAAUUCUUGACCUAAGCUGAUUUUUCAAUGGCUGAUGUCAAUUAAGUGAGAGCAGGUCAGCUGGAGAAUCAGAACUUUCCUACCGAGCUGCUGAGUGAAGAGUUAUUUUAGUUUGAUUUUCAAUGAACAGGUUUAUCACCUCACUUUUCCCAGAGAGAUAGUUUUAGUGAGUUCACCGUCCUCUCCAUCACAACCCUCUUCGGGAUGGAUUUUAAUGUUUGAUAUCUGCAGACAUCUAAGGAUCCUAUCAGACACAGAGUCAGAGUGACGGGAAGUAAACUCUUAAAACGUUGUAGCUAAAGAAAUAAUCAACCAUCUUUACAAACAGUGGACAGCAGCUGAAAAAGAGUCCUUCCUCUGACUGACAGCAGAACGGAUGUUUCUGUGUUUCAUCCUCCAGGUUCAGCUGACGUGGGACGAGACAGAUCAUGAUCGAGUCACCGCCAUGAACAGAAACUUCAGUAAAGAUGAGCUGCUAAACAUGGACUUCAACGCCUACCUGGCCUCUUCCAGUGAAGAGGAGGAAGAGGAGGGUGAAGAAGGAGGGAUUGAGUUUGGAGAGGAGAAAGAAGAUGACGAAGAUUUUGCAGGUGAGACCAAAGUAGAGACAUGUUACCGCGGUGUGUUUUUGUGUUUGUGGUUGAUCAGACUUGUUUUUCAUGCUGUAGUUACAGAAGAAGAAGAGCCCGCCCUGGAGGAUAAGGAGGAGGAGGAGGAGGAACCCCAGAUAGAAGAGGAAGAGAGGAAGAAAAAACAGAAGAAGAAGAAGAAAAUGGACGAGCAGAUCUCCAAGUACAGAGAGCUGCUGAGUGAAAUUCAGGACAAAUCGAAGGAGCUGCAGGAAAACAAAGACAUGGAGAUGGAGAUCACCUGGGUUCCAGGUAAGAGGAGACCUUUAGACCACAGGACUUUGGUUUGAAUAGAAACCUGGUUCAAGAAUUCAGACUAUCAGGGUCUGGAUGGUUAUAUCUAUGUUUAUUGACCUUUUUGAUUUGUGUGUUUGCAGGUCUAAGGGAGACGACAGAGCAGCUGGUGAAGAAGAAGAGGGAUGGAAAGGAGAAACUGACCCCAUGGGAGGAGUUUUUAGAGAAGAAGAAAGAAAGAAAGAAGCAGAAGAAGAGUCAGAGGAAUCAAGUGAGUAAAAAACAGAGAGAAAUAACGUGACCUCUGAGCUGGCUUUUGUUUCUAUACUCCUAUUGAAACUAUUUCUGUUUUCUUGUUUCAGGGAGAGGGUGACAGUGAGAUGAGCGAGGAUGAACUUCCUCCAGAUGUCGAUCUUAAUGACCCUUUCUUUGCAGAGGAGCUCGCUGCUUCAGGUGAUCAAUACAAUCAAUUUGUUAUGAGGCUAUUAGUCACUCAGGGUUUUCAGAAAAAUGCUCAUAUGAUCUUUAUUCCCUCCUUUGGUUUUCAUUUAAGUUCAUUAAUAGUAACUUUGUGAUGUGUUUGCAGACACGAAGAAGAAACAGAAAGGGAAGCAGAAGCAGAAGGAGAAAGGGGAGAAAGAGGAGCGAACAGCCGAGGAGGAAGAGGAGCUAGAGAAACGAAAGGUCAGGGGUCAACGCUGCAGCUGCACGAGAGUUUAUAGGUCUCUAAGUACCUACCUAAUGUCAGCCUCUAAUGCUGUGUCCAUGGUUGUGUGUUCAGGCUGAGAUGGCUCUGCUGAUGGAGGACGAAGAUGACGAGGCUAAACACAAACACUUCAACUACGAUAAGAUUGUGGAGCAGCAGAACUUGAGCAAAAAGAAGAAGAAGAAGUUGCUGAAGAAAGGGGAGGAGCCAAUAGAGGACGACGACUUUCAGGUGAGUCAUACAGUCUUAACCGCGGUCUCUUCUGGCGAAGCAGAAGUACUUAUGGAUCCGUCAUGUCAAGGCUGACUGGAGGUGAGAGAAUCGAGUAGAGAGGAGGGAAAUCAGAGGAGCAAUGAGAAAGCAUUCUCAGGAGCAGCAUUCACAGAAGUGUUUUCACUGACAGACACGCCCCCUUCUUACAUAUCACUCACUGAUUGGACGCUGCAGCCCAUUCACUGAAACGUCACAUGCAAGCAAUUCAAAACAAUAUGUAACAAAAUGACACGAUAUUAGAUACCAAACUGUGUAAACCACCUGAAAAGAAAUGAGACAAUAGUUAUAAAAUUAUACAAAAUGACUGAAUGAAAUGAUGUGGACGUAACAAUGUGAUUAAAAAAAAACAUACACAGAACACUAUGGAAUCAUAUGACAUAUCACAAAACAACAUCUUGAUGAUCUUAUCUUAUGUUAAUGUGUGUGAACGUGUCACUAAAGACACACUGAUGCCGUUCUAGGCUUAGUACCAUAAUUGUUAAAUGAAUGAAUGCUAAUGGCUGUGUGUGUGUGUGUGUGUGUGUGUGUGUGUGCGCGCGCGCAGGUGGAUGUUAAAGACCCUCGUUUCCAGGCCAUGUUCACCUCCCACCUCUUCAACCUGGACCCCUCCCACCCCAGCUACAAGAAGACCAAAGCCACGCAAAGCAUCCUGGAUGAGAAACAGCGGCGACGAGAGGUAGAGCAGCGCCACCUGGGGGGUGAACUCAGGGUCCAGAAAGUCAAGCCCCCGAAGAAGGAGGAGGAGGACAAGAGGCAAGAAGCGGGAGGAAAGAAACGAGAAAAUGACUCUGACACGCCCACUGGUGAAGUCACAUCGAAGAAAGUGAUGGACCCGAGUCUGUCUCUACUUGUCAAGUCGAUCAAGAGCAAAACGGAGCAGUUUCAGGCUCGCAAGAAGCAGAAAAUUGUGUAGCUUUGACUGAAACAAAGACUCUGAUUCCUCCUGAAAUCACAGACUGCUAAAACAGUUCCUGCUGAUGAACUCUGGUUUCAUUUUUUAUGGCUUUGUAUAUGAAAAUGAAAACAUAACCAAGAAGAAAUUACAGUUAAAACAGACUGUUGAGACCUGC